AUGAUAAAGGAUAAAUGGCUUCCUCUCCACACUCUUGCUGUAUGUGGAGAAUUUUACCUUUUAGAUUCUCUGUUGAAGCACAAUGUUGAUAUCAAUGUUCUGAAAAAUGAAGAUUCAGGGCCAUUGAAGGAAUCCACAUCCUUGAUUGAGCACCGUAAGUGGGAUGGAUUAUAUUGUCUUCCUUCGGAGAAGAGUGAGAUUGUUUCAGAUGAGUAUCUUCCUACAAAUGAUCCAAAGUUUAACAAUAAUAUAAAUGAUGAAGCUGCAGAACUAGUCAAGCUGACAGAGCAAUCACUUUUUCUCAAGAAAAGGACAAACCAAACAAAGCUCAGGCCUAUAGUAGUGAGAUUGGAUGAUGGAGAUGUGGCACCAAUUUCAGUCAAAAGACCAGAGCCAAUGGAUGAUAUUGUAUUGAAUUACAAGCAAGUGGGAAUGAGAACAUUAUUGAAAGUAUUCUCCUUAGUUGGCUCAUGUUGGAGUAUUCUCCCUUCUUCCUCUGUAUCUUCUAAUGGCUAUGUGGUGUUAUCAUUAUUGAAAGGUAAAAAAAUCAAGACGAAAAGCAAGAAAGACAAUUGGCCAGGAGCAUACUGUGACACAAAGCAGAGCUGCUGCUAUCCUAAGAUUGGGAAACCUGCUGCUAUCCUAAGACUGGGAAACCUGCUAUCUAUCAUAUUUUGGUGCUAGAGGUAAAUUGCCUUGUCUCCACGCUCAAAGUCUUAAAUCUCACUUAAUUUUACCUAAUACAUGACUUUGGGUUUGAUUUGAAUAAAUCUUUUUUUCCUUCUCUAAUUUCUUUUUAAACAACUACUAGGAAAAAAGAAAAAAAGCACACAGUUUUUGCGUAGUUUGUUCUAGAACAUUUAAUCAUCAUAAUUUUUAAUUUAAAAAAUAAUGGAGUAGGUUGUCUAUAAUUUCGUCUUAUAUAGCUCAACAAAAAGAUCUCCAAUCAAUCAACAUAAAAUAUAAAAAAUACGUGAACAAGUAUAAAUAUGUGUAUCUUCAAUUUAAUAGUAUAAUUUAAAGAACAUUAUGACAUGGACACGUUGUGAAAAAAUUGAUCUGCAGACAUGCUAAAAUUUAAGAGUACAUGGACUCUAAAAUACACACUUUAAGGAUAAACUUAAAAAUAAUCUUCUCCUAAUAUAUUAUGCAUAUGCCAUCGUCUACCCCACUCUCUAUAGUGCAUUUAAAUCGACUAGAGCGAGAAAACAAUUAGCUUUGAAAGAGAGAAUAAGUAAUUAAUAUACUACUGUAUAUGAGAAUUUCAUCUUUCUGUCUAACAUCAUUGUGACAAAAGAAGCCCUUAGUCUUUCAUCCACAUGCAUUGUAGCUAGCCACUCAUAUAUAUAUUGAUGUUCAAUUAAUUAUGAAAAUUUCUAAAGCAUUUGUCUGCCUAGAAAGAGAAGGGUUGAAAUAAUGGAAAAGGUCUUGUGCUUCAAGCACCCCUCAGCUGGAAUAGUUAUAAUUUGUGGAGUUAAAGUGGGUUGUCUUUGCAUGAAAAGGCCAGCCCGGGAUAUUAUCCAUCCAAAAGUUAGUAAUCUUUUCCAUUUCAUUGAUUGAUAUAUCAUUAUCUUUUUCAUUUCACCUUUGGGUUUAAAAUUGAAUGAUGAGACAAAGUCAUUAUGUUGGUUAAUUUAUAUAUAAAUAGGCACCGAUGUAUGAAUAUGUCUAGAAAAUAAAGCUUUUUACAUCCGUCGUAAAAUGACCGAUGUAGAACAUGUGAUAAACAAAGUCGUUUCUAUGCAGGCAGCGAUGUAGAAAUCAUAACUUUCUACAUCGAUCAUAAAAGGACCGUCGUAGAACACGUCAUAAAAGAAGUCGUGUCUACAACACCACCGAUGUAGAAAAUCACGUGUUUCUAAGACGGUCCUUUUACGACCGUCGUAGAAAUCCGUCCUCUACAACAACACUCUUUCAAAGACGGGCGUCCACCGUCUUUGAAAUACGUUUUCCACUGAUGUAAAAUGGGAUUUUUCUAGUAGUGAUGAUCAUCAUAAUACACAAUAAUGAUUAGAAGUGAUUAAAAGUUUUAUCCUAUGAGUCAAAAAAAGAAAUAAUUUUCAUAAAAAAAGAAAAAAAAACAAAUAGUUAAAAUUGUAUGACUAAUCAAGGGUUCAAAUCACAAUUAAAAUGUGUACAUUGUUCACGUGUCAGUGAAUUAUCAUGUGAUUCGUUAAUACAUUAGGUGUCUUCCUCCAUAAAAAUAGAACUUUAAAAAUACCAACAAUUAAUUUAGAAAUACACAGUGGAUGGAAACACAAUGGUUGUGUAUGACUGCCAAAUACACAACAAAAACAUUUUUUUAUUGUUCUUGUUUAGGAAAUACACAUCAGAAAUGUGUUUAUGAUAUGCAUUUGUCUAAUCAAAAUAUAUUUUUGUUGUGUGAGAAGUGUAACCUCAAUAAACAAUGAAACCCAAUUCUGUUGAGCAAAUAUACACAAUGGAACAUGUUUCAUUUGUUAAUUGAAUUUGCACCCUGUCUAACACAAUUGCUCAAGGGAAACGCGUUUCUAUCAGGGUAUUUUUUGGAAAUAACAAAUAAACCAUGGGAUGGGAAGAGAAAAAAGUGGUGGGAAUAGCAAAUCCCAAUAGAUCUCAUGCCCGUUGGCUUAAAUACAAACUAUAUAUGUUCGGGACAUGCUACGUGCACCCAGCAAUAUUGAUGGGGCACCCAACAAACAAUGAAUGGGCGAAAUUGUCCUUCUGCGAUUCCUUAUUUCAAAAGAACCUACUUUCGGACAAAAUUCCGGAAGAGAUCUUUCCGGAAAACUCCUGGAAGAACCUUCUUCCAGAAGAAGAAGGUGGGCUUCCGGAAGAACUCCCGGAAUACGUUAUGGAAGGACGUGUUUCGGAAUUUUUUCUGGAAGUAGGUUUUUCCGGAAGACCACCUUCUUCUUCCAGAAGAAGGUUCUUCCAGAAGUUAUUUUGUAAAUGAUUUUUUAAAAUGCAAUAUUUUUUUAAUAAUUUCAUUUCUAAUAAAUAAA